AACAGAGAAGGACGGCUUGCCAACAACAUCAGAAGCCCAAUGCCGCCAAAGAAAGACCGCUUUGCUAAUGGGUUUUUAUACCCCAAGACGACUGGACUGAAGUACAAGUUCGGUGCUCAUGUUGGUGCCAGCGGUGGUGUGUCUAAUGCAGUGUUGAAUGCUAGAAACAUAGGGGCAAACUCAUUUGCUCUGUUCCUCAAGUCCCCGAGAAAGUGGGAUUCACCACCGAUCAGUAAGAGUGAAGCUUCUGAGUUCAAGAGACUGUGUGAAGUGCAUGGAUAUGAUCCAAAGACUGAUGUCUUACCUCAUGGUUCAUAUUUUAUCAAUUUGGCCAAUCCUGACGAAGAGAAAGAGGCUAAGGCAUACAAUGGGUUUCUAGACGAUCUACACAGAUGUGAGGAGCUGGGAAUCGGAUUGUUCAACUUCCACCCAGGGUCCAGUUUAGAUGGUGAUCACAACGAAGCGAUCCAUCGUUUGGCUAAAAAUAUCAACAGAGCGAUUUCCGAGACCUCAACUGUGAAGAUUGUCAUUGAGAAUAUGGCAGGACAUGGUAAUCUUCUUGGAUCGACUCUGGAGGAUCUGAGAGAUGUCAUUGAACUCAUCGAUGAAAAGGACCGAGUCGGAGUUUGCUUAGAUACCUGUCAUACUUUUGCAGCCGGCUACGACAUCCGUACUGAAGAUGGAUUCGAUGCGUUUAUUAAGAGCUUUGACGAGAUUGUUGGGGCUCAGUAUCUGUCAGCUUUCCAUAUAAAUGAUAGUAAGGUUGACCUGGGCGCAAAUCGAGAUCUUCAUCAAAGACUGGGAUGGGGAUACCUUGGAUUGGAGGUGUUCAGAGUGAUUGCGAACCAUCCAAGAACUCAGGAUAUACCUUUAAUAUUGGAAACACCAUCAGGCGAAGAUCCCUCCAUAUGGGGCGAUGAAAUCAAAUUGCUCGAAUGGAUGACUGGAAGGGAACCUGAGGACCCUGAGGUUCUAACCAAGGCUGACACUGAAACGAAGAAGGGAAUGAAAGAGAGGAUUGUAGCUAAGCCAUCAUCCAAAGCAAAGUCCAAGAAGCGAGCAUCGAAGGAUGACACCACUCAGAGCAAACUGAAGAUGACCAAGAGGAAAUGACCUAUUCAGUCGUGAUUGCUGAAAAACCAAGCGAUGUGUGUCAGCCCAUGCUCGGUGCAUUGUGUCCAUGUCCCUUGGUCACCUUUCAAUACCUUACAGAGUUAGUGGUCAUAUAUCUGAUGUGUAUCAAACCAAAAUUACAGCGUCAAGGUUACACUGCUAGAAAGCAGCUGUACACGAACUUUAACGUCUUC